UGCAACUCUUGUGAAAAUCCAAUUUAUCAUAUUACCUGUUUAAAUGAAAGUAAUUAAGAUCAAAACUAAAAUCAUUCUGAUGAUGUCCAUGCACUUGACUCUUUUAUAAAGAUGGGAAUUUCAUUUUGAGAAUUGUUCAACCAUUGAAAUAUUUUAGGGGAAAAAUGUAAACAGAACUUUCAGACCUAAGCUCUACACUUUACCAUUUAGUUGUGGAGACACUGGUAGAUUUUUCUUUAUUACUUUUAUGUAGUUUCUUUGUGUAUUGGUUUAUUUUUGCAGAUCUGUACAGCUGUUUUGUUGUCUAUUGUCUUUAUUUUAGCAGGAGCUUGAGUCUGAAAUACAGUUUCUGUCUGUCUUGUAGGGUUGGACAAUAAAUCAGUUAUAUGUAUCACGAUACACACGUGAUCAAUAUCAAUAGAUAGUAAGUCUGACAGAAUAUUCAAUAGAAUAUUCUCUGAACUCUGAUCCAGAACCACAUACCAUUCUGGAGGAUGUAGGCACAGUCAAGGCUUCUCAACCUCUCAAGGCUAGCUCAUCUAGGUUGAUGGCUUCAUUUAACUCACUGGUGAACUAGCAACAAGCUGUUGAGUAACUUGCGGAGCAGCAGUUUAAUGUUUCACCACUGUGCCUCAUAAAUGUUUUUAAAAAACAUUAUGGUGUGAAAGCUGUGGAUAAAAUGGGAAAGGUCACAUCACCAGUUUGGCAGUAUUUCAGAUAUAAAAAAAAAUUGAUAUAAAAUAAUAAAAAAUGCUUGUAUCGUGAAAUGUUUUUCAGUAAUAUCAUUCAACCCUAUUCUCAUGUUCAUAAUAAAUUUUUUGGAAUGUUAUGUUUUAUUAGACAUUAUUCAUUAGUUAUUGUGUGUAAUUGUCACAGGAUGGAUGAGAUAUAUGACUUCUUAAAAUCACGGGAUGUUUCAGAGGAAGUCAUACAACGACUGCAAAAGGAUAAGAUUGACUCCAGUGUCCUUCUGCUCAUGACAGAUGAGCAGCUUAAGGAGUAUCUCCCAUCUUAUGGUGACCGACUGGCACUUCUCGGAUAUUGCAGACGAAGGGAAAAUGAUCCUGCUGGCCGGAAAUCAAAACUUUUUGACCGAUUGAGAGCCAAGAUUUCCAGGAACAAAGGCAACGAUCAAAAGCAGAUCUCAGAAAAUGUUAGCAUCAGAAAUGCUCAAAAAACUGUUCGAAAAGUUGAGAUAGGAUGGAUGAAUUCUCGAGAUGGGGAGCUUUUACAAGUUCGGACAAAGAAAGGUGGUGGAACAAGAAAAAUUGAUGUGUCAAAGGACUGUAGAAAAAAUGACUUAAUUGAAAAGGCAGUGGGUUUGUUUUUUCCGUCUCAAAGAAAUUCACAUGGAAGAAUUACAGAUUUUGAGGUUGACAUGACAGAUUUCCAGGAACAUUCACUUGAUGAACAUAUUACAGUUGGAGAACUUUAUGAGCAGACAAAACUACCUGUUUUGCGUUUUUACCUAACAACCAAAAAGAAGGACACUGGCAGCGACUCAGAACCAGACAACCCCAGUGGAAAUGACCAAGACACUUUAAGGUUUUCUACUCACUCUCAAGUUUGCACACCACUGACUCAAUCCAAAGCACCAGACAGCAUUGAUGCCAUAUAUGUUGGAACCAGCAUUGUCCUGACAAACAGCAGCAGUGAUAAUGUUCACCUAGUUUACUCUACUGAUGACAUGGGUGAUUUGUCCAAUGUCCAAGAGCUAGAUGCAGGAAUCAAUGGGGACAUUUUAGAAGACAGUGGCACUGUUACCUUUUUCACAGGACACAUUUCUGACACAGAUAGUGUCAGUCUUGAUGACACCCUUCCUCUGUCUCCACAGCCAUCUAGUCCAGUGCUUUCUUCUUCACAAUUUGAUUCUUUGAACGAGCCAAUUGUUCAGAGAGAAGGGAUUAAGAAAAUCCUUGUUCUUCACCGUGGCCAGAUCCUGAAAGAACUAAUUUCACAUUUUUGUGAUCCAGGUGUCACUCAGGAGGACAUAUGUAUUCAAGUGGUGCUCCCUGAUGGAAGGCGAGAAAAGGCUGUUGAUGAUGGAGGAGUUUUGAGGGAUGUCCUCUCAGAAUUUUGGCAGGACUUUUAUGAACAGUGUACAAUGGGCAAUAACUUUAAGGUGCCCUACUUGCGUCAUGAUUUUGGACAGCAACAAUGGGAAAGCAUUGGCCGAAUUAUUGCCUUUGGCUGGCAAAAACAGAAGUACCUGCCUAUAAAACUUGCUCCAGUAAUACUGGAACAAGCAGUUAUUGGUUCUAUAAAGAGUCCUCUUGUUGAUAGCUUCUUAAGGUAUGUUACAGAGUACGAUCGGAUGGUGUUUGAAUCUUGCCUUUCAGAUUUUCAGAGUGUUGACAAAGAAGAGCUUCUGGAAAUCAUGGAUAUCCAUAACUGUCGAAGAGUACCAACAGCUGAUAACAUAGAGCUACUACUUGAGGAGCUUGCCCACCAAAAGCUCAUUCAGGAACCUGCCUUUGUUAUUGAGCAGUGGAGCACUGUCCUUUCCCCGCUGAGGUCUGAGAUGGAAAGUAUUACAGCUGCAUAUGAAAAUCUCCAGCCAACAUUAAGAAAGGUUAUAAAUUCAAUUGUAUACCCUGUAGUCAUGAAUGCACAGCAGAAAAACAUCAGCAAAUAUUUAAAUUCUUAUCUCAGAGAAUCAGACUCACAACACCUGUCACUUUUUCUGCGGUUCUGCACAGGAUCUGAUUUGUUUCUUCAAAAAACUAUCAGUGUUAGCUUCACUCAACUUCAAGGUAUUCAGAGACGGCCAGUUGCCCACACAUGCGGUUGCUACCUAGAGUUGCCAGUUAAUUAUGAUAACUAUCCAGAGUUUCGACACGAAAUAAACAAGGUCCUAGAAAGUAGUGUAUGGGUGAUGGAUAUAGUCUAACAGACUUCAGCUGAAGAACAUGUGAGUUUAAGGAAUCUUUGGUAACACCUUAUUUGAAGGGGUGUGCAUAAGACUGACAUGACACUAUCAUAAAC